CCAAGAAAUGUUGAUGUUUGUUCUUUUACAGAGGUGGAAAGCAAGGACGAUAGCGGUGACGUGCUCGAAAACCACGAUUCAUUCAUCGUCAACCAAAUCACUGCGCAAUUUGAACAGUUGCGCAAACUUCGAGAGGAAUUACACGACGCUUUUCUCAGCUGGAUACCAAUUAGAACGCGCACUAAAAAACAAUUAGAAGAACUAGCCAUAAAGCUACAUGAACAUCACAGAAACGUGAAUAUCUCAACCAUAACAGGAGCAUCCAUGGGUACCAUAGGAGGGAUCCUGUCAGUUGCGGGCCUCAUUGCUGCACCCUUUACAUUUGGGGCAGGAAUCGUAGUGUCCCUUGUUGGGGCAGGAAUAGGUGGCGCGGGAGGACUGGUCAUGUCUGGUUCUAAAGUCGUUGAGAUAAUCUUAGAAAAGUUAGGACUCAAAGAAGUGCAAGCGGCAAUUGAGGACGAUCGUGAAGCUUGCAGUGAGCUCCAAAAACAGUUAGAUUCCUUAGAGAACUUCAUCUCUAGCUUAGCAGAGUUCCUUAAACCGCUGCAUGAUGACGCGGUUUUGCUCAGAGAAUUAGAAGGAAGUGGAUUUGAAUUUCUUAGUCAGCGGAUAUCCUAUGAAGAGAUCGGCGCGUCCACCGAAGAGAGAGUAGAAUUCGGUGCCAGGUUCUUCAGAGCAGCCACUUCCGCAGCCACAAUAUCUGCAUCAGCGGCCGCUACUGCAGGCGCUGUAGCCAGAAGUGCGGCUAUUGCGGGGACGCGCGUGGCACACGUUGCUGGUUCUGUAAUCAGCGCCGCUCUGUUGCCGCUGGAUAUCACGUUACUCGUCAAAUCAUCUUUGGAGCUGCACCGUGGAUCCACAUCUGCUGCUGUACAAGAUAUCCGGCGGAUUCUUGACGAACUUGAAUGCCCAGAUAAAGGGGAGAUCCAAGGUUUGGUGGAGAGCUUCAUUGAUGAGAAAUUUACCGAGGCGUAUAAUAAGAUGGACGAUGAUAAGGAACAGGAGCAGAAUCGAGACAGUGAUGAUAGUAGCGAGCAGGAUAAACAAAAUGAUGACGUAGAUAAACGACAAGGAACAGAAAAAGAAAUAUUUCUUCCAAAUGAUAGUUAA